GAACCCAGGCAAGCGGCUAUUGGCAGGACUUUAAAUGUCUUGGAAACAAGAAUUGGAAUUUACAAAGAGAGAUAAAGCUGCCAGAGUCAUUCAGAAGGCCUGGAAAAGUUUCCUUAAUGUUACUGUAUUCCAACACUUUAAAAGUCUGAUUAAUAUAAGAAGACAAGGGGAACCACGUCAAAUAGUAAGAUAUAUUAAUCCUAAAGAGGCAGAGCUUCUAGAUGCUGCUGCUGGCGUUCAUGUACGGUUCAGAUUAGGUGGUGUUAAAUUUCCACCUGAAAUAUACUAUAAAAUUUUUACUGAGAGACAUAUUGAAGAUCUAUGUGCUAAUAGCCCUAGAGAUUACACAAAACUUUCAGCAAAAUAUGCAUCUCAUAUUCAAAGUGAUAAUGUUCAGGAAGAGGAUCACAGUGGAUGGUAUUGUCGUAUAGAGAACAAUGGCUGGAGAACUGUUUCUGAUACAUUUUGGAUGUCCACUGAAGAUGUAAUGGUGGGAGACAAAAAGGAAUGCAAAUUUCAUUUCUCUAAACUGAAGAGAAGACAAGAUAUGGAAAAGAAAAGAAAAAUUAGAAAAAUAGAAUGGAUGAGGCAAAUGUACUAUGCAGGAAGCCUGGCAGCUAAGUCAACAAAUAGUGAAACUCUAGGUUUAAUUCACACAGCAACAAAAGGGCUAAUCAGAUCUAUCGAAGAUGGUGGGAUAGAUUCUGUGAUGGAAUGGGAAGUGGAUGAAGUGCUGAACUGGACAAAUACACUGAACUUUGAUGAGUAUAUUGCCAACUGGAAGGAAAUUGCUACAAGCAACUCUUCAGCUAACUUCAAAAGUUUCAGGUUGGAACAAGAACAGAAAAGAAAAUAUGACUAUGCAGCUAUAUCAGAGAACAUGGGAAUAUCAGAAAAUAAUUCUUAUGAAAAACCAAAUGUUACUAGACUAACACCUGAUUCCACGUAUGGAAUAUAA